AUGGUCAUGUUCCUCACAAUGGCCCUCGGCCUUCUCGCCGGGACGGCAUCCGGCCUGGGCUAUACCGAGCCCUAUCGUCCUCAAUACCAUUUCUCCCCUAAGGAAAACUGGAUGAACGAUCCUAGUGGACUGUUGUAUCACAACGGCACCUACCAUCUUUUCUUCCAAUAUAACCCUGGUGGUAUCGAAUGGGGCAAUAUGUCAUGGGGUCAUGCAACGAGUAGAGAUCUGAUCCAUUGGGACGAGCGCCCUGUUGCUCUACUUGCUCGGGGAUAUCCCGAUACUGUCACCGAGAUGUACUUCACCGGAAGUGCGGUAGCAGAUGUGAACAACACGAGUGGCUUCGGAGUUGACGGAAAGGUUCCUUUGGUCGCGAUGUAUACUUCUAUGUAUCCCGUUGCUCAAGAUCUGCCAAGUGGAAAACAUGUUCGCGCAGAGCAGCAAUCUCAGUCAAUCGCCUACAGCCUCGACGAGGGCGAAACCUGGACAACAUAUGACGCCGAGAAUCCCGUAAUUCACAACCCGCCUUCUCCGUACGAAGAUGAAUUCAUAAACUUCCGCGAUCCCUUCGUGUUCUGGCAUGAUGAUACACAGAAAUGGAUCUCCGUCACUGUUGUGGCAGCAAUUCACAAAAUUCUCAUCUUCAGUUCCGACAACCUCAAAGAGUGGUCUUUCAUCAGCGAAUUCGGACCUUACAAUGCUGUCGGCGGCGUAUGGGAAUGUGCCAAUCUGUUCCAAAUGCCCAUCAAAGGAGACCCAUCGACCAAGAAGUGGGUAUUGGUUUUGGGACUCAACCCUGGUGGCCCACCUGGCACAGUCGGAUCAGGCACGCAAUACUUUAUUGGCGACUUCGACGGCACGACUUUCAAGGCCGAUCCCGAUAACAUCUAUCCCGACAACAAGUCUGCCAACUGGAUGGAUUUCGGUCCGGACUUUUAUGCUGCCGCCAGUUAUAACGGACUUCCUGAUGGGGAGGUAAUCCAGAUCGCGUGGAUGAACAACUGGCAGUAUGGUGCACUGAUCCCGACAAGCCCUUGGCGAAGUGCCAUGUCUGUUCCCCGUCAGUUGUCUUUGAAGACAGUUAAUGAGAAGGUGACCCUCCUUCAACAACCGCAGCAGAGCUGGCGAACUGUUGCCGACCGCAACGCGUCGAAACAUUCCUGGAAAUCUGUAUCGGAAGGAACAACCAGCCUUGACUCCCCAGGCAAGGCCUUCAAGAUCGACUUGAGCUUUGCUGAUCAUGACUCCGAUGAUACUCUGGCAUCUACGUUUGCGAUUGCUAUCCGUGCCAGCUCUGACUUCAAGCAAGAAACACUCAUCGGGUACAACUUUACCAGCAAAGAGAUGUUUGUGGAUCGGCAAAACUCAGGAGAUGUAUCUUUCGACAAGACAUUUGCAAGCUUGUAUCACGCACCAUUGUCAGCGGGCGCGGAUAAACGUAUCAACUUGCAGGUCUUUGUGGAUUGGUCUAGCGUUGAGGUCUUGGGUGGUCAAGGAGAAGUUUCUUUGACGGCUCAGAUAUUCCCAGAGGAAAGCGCAACCGAAGCGCAGCUUGUCUCGACUGACGGGGCGACCCAGGAUGUCAGGCUUCAGAUCACCGAGAUGAGUUCAUCGCACUAG